GUCUCUACAGUUUAGGUUCACAACCAAUUGUACAAGCGUGUUCUACUCCACCCUCAGGAAAGAGGACGUUUGCUCCAGUAGGGUUCACAAUGAUGCUUGAUCCUUCAAAGACAUUCGCCAAACAAUGCAUACCAAAAACCAUGUCGGCAUGCAGUACGGAAAAUGAACGCUGUCUCUCCCCGGCACUAGCCCUUCUCAACGUAGGUUACCAAUUGCAAAUGGCGCUAACUCACAGUGUUUCUUUGAACAUUUCUGGAGACAUGCUUGGUGUUUGCAGGGUGUUCCGUAACUACUUGAGUUAUUUUUUUCAUACAUCCAGUAACAUUGCUUGGAUGUUUAAAAAUGAAUGGGUACUGCAACCGCGCGGAGCAUGUUCCAAACCCACUGUGGAUCAGAUGAAGAUGGCGCCAUAUUCCAAUGUUGUGGUGAUUAUGCACCGCAUUCUUGUACUGCAAAAACAGAUCAGCUGGUAUUAUGAUGGGGUCAGAAUGUUGGAAACAAUGAAGAAUCGCAUCAACGAUAUCCUGCACGCGAAGAAAGCAACCGUGCCAUACAAUGGUGUCGAGUUCAAUGUUAGAGUAAUCCUGGAUGACACAGUGCCUUGUGGUAGUAAUGAGGGAUUAAGCAAGGUUGAGCCACCCCUACCAGAUAAGACCGCUGGAAAUAGUGGAAAUCCCCGCAGCUAUACCCGUUGGAUGGCAUUCACAGUCAUUUGGUUCACGUGGCCGGUUUUCGUCCACAUUAUCAUAUGUGAGCUUAUAAGCUAAAUGAACGGUGUGCCCCGACAGAACGCUUUAUCGGUAACCAGGAGAGAAGCAC